CAUGUUCGCAAUGCAGCUCGGAGGUGAGGCACGCGAGCCUCUUAUCACGCUGGCGCCGAGGAGCGGACGAAGAAUUGAGGGCGGGAGGUAUGCGGCGAGGCUAUGGGCUAGGCCCGAUUGGGACUCGCCUGUUUCCUCUGCAUGACGGAGAGCUGACCUCUCAGCUUCGCCGCACCAAUCUGCGCAGUGUUCAACGGCCUCGCGAUCUCGCUGCGGACUAUCACAUUCCCACCGCUGCAGCGACAACGAGAGGCGUCCGAUCGGGCUGGGCCACGGCCGCGUCGUCGGUCUGGAGGCGUCGGAAGCUACACCGUGGCACAAACCCGUGGACUCCACCGCUGCGGCUUGAAGUGAAAAGCAACUCCUCGGCCAGCCAGUCAAUACUGUGUACAGCAGAUGCUCUGAUGGGCUCGCGGCUUGGACCGACUGGGGAACGCUUCCUCACAGCAACUUAUCCGAGGAUUUCUACAGUACCUGCACUCUUUACCGUACGACGUCCCCAGCGCGACAAGGGCACCCCUCGAGGGAGACAGAGCCCUCCGAUGCUGGCACCUGGAAUGCUCCGGAGGCACUCUCGUGGCUUGCCCAGUCCACGUGGGCGCUAUCUUUGUGGGCGCCAUCGUUUCUACAGCAUCGUGAAGCAGCCAGGGGGCGGCGAGUCUACAUCCACGGGUGUCCGGUUCGCCGCGGUGAUAGGUCUGCUCGAAGGCUGCUAAACCAGUCGGCCCUUUCGGAAAUAUUGUCAAUACCGCAGUGGCAAGCAGGAAAUCGAGCAGCCUCACCGCA